GUUCUGAUAUCAGUGUGAUCUCUCAAACAGCUUCGGUGCAUAUAAAAUAUGAAAACACAUAUUGAAGAUAGUGCAUCUGGAAAGAAACAUCAACUACCAAUGCUUAAGUUUUUUGAUUCUUCUCUGAGGCUCUGUGCAGUUCCUUUAUCAGUGGCAACCAUAUGGGUUACUGUGACUAACCAGCAGGACAACAGCACCUAUGGAAUGCUGAAAUAUUACAAAUUCUCUGCUCUCAAGUAUAUGGUUUUAGUCAGUGCCCUGUGUGCAUGUUAUGCUGUUGUUGCUGCUGCUUGCUCAUGGGUCAGAUACUAUGCAUCCAAAGCUUGGAUUUUCUUUGUCUCUGAUCAGAUUGUGGCAUAUUUAACGAUCACAUCAGUUGCUGCAGUCACUGAGAUAUAUUACCUGGCUUACAAUGGUGCGAAGGAAGAUUCUUGGAGCGAAGCCUGCAGUUCCUAUGACAGGUUUUGCGGCAAAGUGAAGUUGGCUCUGAUUUUACACGCGAUCACAUUUUGCUGCUUCUUUGUUUUAUCCGUUAUUUCAGCUUUCAGAGCAUUUAGUGUCUUUGAUCCUCCUUAUGUCAAUUCUCUACAGGUGCAGGGAGAUUAAAUGAUUAAUUAGGACCAUACUAAGAUCGCAAAUACUAUAAUGUAUGGAAAAAUAUGUUUACCAAUAAUACUAACUGUUGCUUCUUUAAAGUAAA